AUGUCGCAGAUUAUUUCAAGGCCAUCAUGGCUCGGUGUUGCUGUCCUAGCACUGCUAGCAGUAUCAACUGUCAAUGCUGCCCCAAUCCGUGAAAAUCAGGAAAUGGAGACAGAGCAGCCGACUAAAGUUGAAUCUCGAUCUCCUCGACUGAUCCCCGACACCGAAGGGUACGUCCACGACCUCCUGCAAGGGAUAGGCAUAGAAGAUCCAGAGGCAACACCAACCGGCACACCAACCACUGCAAGCAUGAAAACCGAGAAAGGCCAACCGGAGAAUGAAACUGCUACACCAACUACUCACAUCACUUACUCCAGCUCCGUGAGCUACACACCUACUUACGGCAGCAACGGGGCAGGCUUCACACACACUGUCAAGCACGAGGAGAGCAACAACAAGCCCAUUGAGAAUAUUCAGAUCAUGCCUGGAUGGGGUGACAACAAGAAAAUUACUUCUGAAGAUCUGCCAGGUCUCUUUGAUGCUAUGUACAAGGAGGUAAAGCACCGGUUCAGCGAUAUGGUCGAUAGCUCUGAUGAGAUUGGAUUGGAUGGAUUUAUGUGA